CUUCUCAUUUGCGGUAUGCCUUCGCCCACCAUGUUGCCAGUUCACUUCCAGCUAGUGCACUCAAAUGCCUUGGCUUUCAACACUCAGCUUUGAUGCCACCAUACCACCAUAUCAGACCCGCGCUCGCCACCAAGCCCAAAACCAUUGCCACCACUGUAAACACCAGUUAUGUCAUGCUUUGUAAACUCGUAUGAAGGCUCGCAGCACGCACGCGGGGCCGCCCGUGCGCACCUCUUCUCCUCUCCUCAAGCGCUGUCUGCGGAGUGGGAGUGGGAGGCGCGGCGGCGGGAGCCUGGGCAGGAUCGGCGAGGCCGGCCACCGUCGCCGGCUCGGCCACAUCAUCACCGUAUCACUGUCGCCGUGCACGGUGGUGGUGAUGGUUGCGGAUGCCCAGCUGCAGCGCCGCCGCCACGUGUCGUAUCAGCACGUGAAGAGUGCGCCGGCGGUGGUGGUGGCGCGGUGGCAAUGUUUGGAUACCGUAUGUGGGGUGGGGGUGGAGCACACGCAGCAGUAGUGUGGAAUGAAUGGUGGGGCAGGGCGCAACCGCAUGGGAGUGCGCUAGUGAGCCGCUGGUUCUCAAUGCAUGCAUGCCGCGGCGCUGCUUAGAACAUCAUGCGUCCAUUUGCCCAGCCGGACAACCUAUGACCCCGUCCGUACGUAUGUCCCAAGUAACGGUCUGGGGACGGACCUGUUGUGGACAUGACGACCCGCGGCGGCAGUCAGGGUUGCAGGCGUGUGUAGACAGGCUCUUGUUUCUCAGCAGCGGCCAGAACACCGCGCGCCUGGGGCCUGUGCGUGGGAAGAUGCUGGGGGCGGCAGCAGGUGAGUGAAGGGCGGGGUGGAAACGUGCUAGUGUAAUAGUGGAGCACACCAGUCGUCACAGCAGGCACGCAGACACGCAUGCAUGGGCGGGCAUUGCACCAGCCGGUGCCACUUCUGGACUUCGGCGGCAUGAUAACAACUCGCGUGACCCUGCCGCUCGUCUUUAUUUUCAACUGGGGGUAGCCAGCGAGCGCGCGUGCGAGCGAGCGAGCGAGCGAGCGUGCGUGCGUGCGUGAGCGUGAGCGUGAGCGUGAGCGUGAGCGUGAGCGUGAGCGUGAGCGUGAGCGUGAGCGUGAGCGUGAGCGUGAGCGUGAGCGUGAGCGUGAGCGUGAGCGUGAGCGUGAGCGUGAGCGUGAGCGUGAGCGUGAGCGUGAGCGUGAGCGUGAGCGUGAGCGUGAGCGUGAGCGUGAGCGUGAGCGUGAGCGUGAGCGUGAGCGUGAGCGUGAGCGUGAGCGUGAGCGUGAGCGUGAGCGUGAGCGUGAGCGUGAGCGUGAGCGUGAGCGUGAGCGUGAGCGUGAGCGUGAGCGUGAGCGUGAGCGUGAGCGUGAGCGUGAGCGUGAGCGUGAGCGUGAGCGUGAGCGUGAGCGUGAGCGUGAGCGUGAGCGUGAGCGUGAGCGUGAGCGUGAGCGUGUGCGUGAGCGUGAGCGUGAGCGUGUGCGUGAGCGUGAGCGUGUGCGUGUGCGUGUGCGUGUGCGUGUGCGUGUGCGUGUGCGGCGUUGGCGCCCACGGCAACAGCAACAAUAAUGGGUGGUGGCGCCAG